UAUUUUCUAGAUGAAUUAAGCCAGCGUCUCAUCCCUUGUUUGGGCCUCUUCCCUGCAUUUCAUUUAUUUGUUUGUUUUCUAAAAGUGCAUCGAUCCCUUGUGCUUUUUUUGCAUCGACAACCAAAUUAACUUGUUAACUUGAUGGCUGAAAACAUUCCUUCUUUGACUGAUUUCUUCGAUGGUUACAUCGAGGAGCACUUUGCAGACACUAACGACUUCUUCAUACCACCAGACAUCUUCAAUACGCUUGAACCAUUGGUCUCUCAAAACUCCAAUUCUUCAUGCACUGCUUUACCAGAGACCGAAAUGGAGAUACCCAAGAGAAAACGUCAGAAGCUUUCGUUGGUGGUCGAAGAUGGCCAGCAGAAAGUGUCACAUAUCACCGUUGAGAGGAACCGAAGGAAGCAGAUGAACGAGCACUUAACUGUUCUUCGUUCGUUAAUGCCUUGCUUCUAUGUCAAAAGGGGUGAUCAAGCAUCAAUAAUAGGAGGAGUAGUUGAUUACAUCACCGAACUGCAACAAGUGCUUCAAUCACUAGAAUCAAAAAAGCAAAGAAAAGUGUACAAUGAUGUUUUGAGCCCGAGGCCUUCACCGCUUAGCCCACGAAAACCGCCUCUAAGCCCCUUGCCAAUUAGCCCAAGAACUCCACAACCAGUGAGUCCUUACAGAGCCAGGUUGCAGCAACCUCCCUCUUACCUACAACCAUCAUUAAUGGUUAACAUGACACUUGACCCUUCACCUUCUAGCUCUUCCUCAAAUUCGGACAUUGUUAACGAUCUUGCUGCAAAUUCAAAAUCAUCUAUUGCUGAUGUUGAGGCCAAGUUUUCAGGGUCUAAUCUUGUUUUAAAGACUAUCUCGCCGCGGUUGCCAGGCCAAGCAACGAAAAUAGUUUCGGUUCUUGAAGACCUCUCUCUUGAAAUCCUGGAGGCUGGCAUUAACACUGUUGAUGAAACUAUGGUCAAUUCAUUCACCAUUAAGAUUGGAAUUGAAUGCCAGCUAAGCGCGGAGGAUCUAGUUCAACAUAUCCAACAAACAUUCUGCUAAUGCGAGUCAGUAUUCACGAGCCUCCGUCAUCUGCCUCCUUUUUAUACUACCCGUUUCUUUUUAUGGACAGUAUUGUUGUCUUGAGAUCAUACCCGAUACAUUGAGCACAUGCUUAUUGCAUUGGGCAUGAUGUCAAAGCAAAAUACCAAGUAACUAAGAAGUUAGAGAAAAUAAA